AUGGCGUUCUACAUGGACGAAUCACAACUCUACAAAUGCUCCAAACAUCCAUCACGGCGGCGCGUGAGCGGCAUCUGCGCCAAAUGCCUCCGCGAACGCCUCGUAACUCUCUGCCCUGACUGCGCCACCGCUCGUCCCUGCGACUGUUCUCCGGCUCCGGCUGACUCAUCGUCAUCUUCCUCCACAUCUUCCACUUCCUUCUCUCUCUUCUCCUUCUCCCGCGGCGGUAGCCGCCGUGAUUCCGGUUCCGUCACCGGCGGUUCCGAUCCGACGUUGCGUAAAUCGAGAUCCGUUGCGGUUUCAUUCCUCCGAUCGAGAUCUAGACACGCCGGCACCGGAAACGGAACUGAAACCGGUGAUUGCGUUACGGAUAAUAAUAACGUUUUGCUGCCGAAGGUUAGCCGGAGUAAGAUUAAUUUUUGGUCGGUGUUUAUGGUUAGUAAGAGUAAGAAGUGUGAGUUACAUGUUGAUGAUACUGGAGUUGAUGAAGAAUUGAAUAAGUGUGAUGAUAACAAUAAUAAUAGUAAUAGUAAUAAUAAUCCGGUGAUGAUGAGGUCUAGAUCGGUGGCUGUUGGUGGCGGAAACGGUUUUACUCCGGCGUCGGUGAAACAGAAGGGGUGGUUUGGGUAUUCAAAGCCUCCAAGGUCUGUUGCUGUUUCAUAG